AUGGACUCCUUCGGCUUCCAACCCGUCAACACUCGCUUCUCCCCGUCCGCGGGCUCGCGAUCGCGCUUCUCCUACCGCCGGACAUCAACGAGCUCUAGCCGGAACUCUUACGCCUCCAACACCUCGUCGGCAUCUGCUGCCUCGUCCAUCAACAGCCUGAUCUUCCGCCAACCCUCGAUCAUGGACCUGGAGGAGGAGCACAGGAACUUCGGCUCAGAGCUCAAGAUCCUCGAGCCGAGGCCUGUCGUCUUUUUCGGCAGCAUGGAGGAGCGCUUCGCGUCAUUGUAA